CUGAACUGAGAGCAGGUUUAGACUGUAUCGUCAGAGAUUACCGCCUGGUCUCCUGAACUAACCGAAGAGUGAAAGGUCUAGUGGUGUCGUAUUUAUAAUCGUAAAUUUGCCAGACACUGAAAUUGUUAUGGGUAGGACGUCUGUAUUGGCUAUAGUGAAUCCCUGACAGAUGUUUCAGCUGUGGCUAAACGAAAAAUCCACGAAAAACCCUAAAUCCAGACAAGACCUUUAUAUCCAAAGACCCAUACACGUUUAAUAUAGAGAGCUAUAACGGCCAUGCCUUUGGAUCUGGGGAUGUACGAGAGUCGCGCGGACUACAAGUCCCAAAAACAAUGCCAAAAAACUUCGUUUGCGUUUUAUCAGGCUGUGCGGGACCUGUUACCGGUGUGGGUCCUGGAGGACAUGCGGACUAUGGAGGUGUUUCACUGGGAAGAGGACGGACGGGCGUACGCGUUUUCCCCAUCAGAGGCUUUUCUCUACGCGCUCGUGCACGACCACCAGCAGUACGCGCGCUACUUACUCAACAGAUUCUCAGUCCGCGCGCUGGAGAUGCCCAGCAAAAGUUUCUGCUGCUGCCAGGCAUCUACGACACCUCACCUCGCCAUAGCGGUCCGCUACAAUCGCGUAAACAUCCUCAAAAUGAUCAUGGACACCAUCAAAGACUUUACAGAAUGUGAGAGACAGAGUUAUCUCAAUCGCCACGGCUGCAUUCACACGGACGGCAGCAAGACCGCGUUGCAUCUCGCGUGUGAUCUGGUGCGUCCGGAGUGUCUGAUACUGUUGCUAGGACACGGCGCAUGUCCUUACGCAACGGACAUGACAGGGAACACCCCCUUGGACUGUUUACUCCGCCAGAUCUGCCAGAGUGACUUAGACAUGCGGACGAAGCACAUCUGUCUUGGUUACCUCAUUUUAUUCAUGCCCAAACGUCGUUUCCAGAUGAAGGGGCAGCUGCAGGACAAUGCAAAUCUUUGGAGGAGUCUCAUUGGAGAGCAGGCGUUCCAGUGGCUCUCCGGAUCAUCCCCUCCUUCACUGUUCGUUCAGGCCAUGCAGAAGCUCAGCCAGUCCAUUCCCACAGACCAGCUGGACUCACUGCCGGACUUUCUGAAGCCCCUCGACUUCAGAUUGGAUCAAGUUUAAUAUAUGCACAACAGAUGAUGCAAUAAUGCACACUGUUUGACUCCUGUAAUAAUCUUGACAUUUUCAGGCUAUAAUGUAUGUAUAAUGUAUAAAUAUGUGAAUAGUUUGGUGUUGCACACUAGGUUGUUUUCAAUGCCAAUGCAAUUUUGAAAGAAAUGUAAACUUAUUAAAUUAUAUAUUUU